ACCUGCAUAAAAAAGGCCACUCAUUCACUCCCCCGAGACUCCCCUCACCCACACCACUCCGCCGCCGUUCGCCUUUGACCGGUUGACCCUAGCCGCGCGCGGUCUCUCUCCCUGCUAGCUCUGCCUCGACCCAACGCUCGGGCCGGCGGCGCGAGCCGCCCGGCCUCCUCCUCUCCGUCCCGUCGAGCUCCUCUCUCUGACCACGCGCAGCUAGACGGGCCACCGCCGAGCGCACGGCGAGGUUUCUUGGCGGCGGCGGGAAGGAGAUGAGCGAGCGGAAGUUGCUUUUGCCGACUCUCUCUCCACUCUAGAUGAAUACCGAACUCUGGACGCCAUUUGGUUAGUUCAGAUCUUUGGGCACCGGCUGGAUCUGUGUUUUUGGGCACAUAUCCUCCUGAGCUCUCCCUCUGCUCCCUUGGUCGAACUCUUCUUCCACCUUCAGCGCAGCCCACCCCAGGAGAUAUAGAAUACAAUGCUGAACGGAUUACAACACACAAGUGGGGCGACAUCACCAUUCUCGUUCGAGUUGUUAAGACAGAUUACUGAUAAUUUUUCCGAUGACCGCAUAAUUGGUCAUGGUGCAUAUGGAGUGGUUUACAAGGGAGUAUUGGAUAACGGGGAAAAGAUUGCUGUGAAGAAGCUUAAAUACAUGCCUCCAGAAUACGACAGCGAUAAGCAGUUUGAGAAUGAGUGCACUAACCUCAUGAGAGUCCAACAUCACAAUAUCGUGCGGUUAGUUGGCUACUGUCAUGAAACACGGCGUGAAUAUGUUGAACACGGUGGAAAAUACAUUUUUGCUAGCGAGGACAAACGAGUUCUCUGCUUUGAAUACUUGCUGGGUGGAAGCCUUGACAAACACGUCUCUGACGAGUCAUGCAAACUUGAUUGGAACACGUGUUACAAAAUAAUUAAGGGAGUCUCUGAGGGUUUAAAUCAUCUUCAUAAUGAUUCCAUUUUCCAUUUGGACUUGAAACCAGCGAAUAUAUUGCUGGACAGCAACAUGAUGCCCAAAAUUGGCGAUUUUGGUUUAUCAAGAUUCUUUCCGUCAACAGAAACAUACACCACAACAACAUGUUAUGGAACACUCGGAUACAUACCACCAGAACACAUCAACAACCAUCAAAUCUCGCCAAAAUAUGAUGUAUUCAGUUUGAGUGUUAUAAUUAUACAAAUAAUGGCAGGACGCAAAGGCUACAAUGAUCAUGGAGAUACUACUUCACUCAAAUUCAUUGAGUCUGUAUGUGAGAAGUGGCAAAAAAGGGUACAUGCAACGAUGUGGUCACACAUAUUACAAGAAGUUAAGACAUGCAUCGAAAUAGCUUUAAGCUGUGUGGAAUCUGAUCGGCAGAAAAGGCCUACUAUAAGCCAGAUUGUCAAUGCACUUAAGAGGAUUGAUAUUGAAAAAUUGUCACUUACGUGUGAGGGCCAGAGCAUGCAGGCCUUGGUCCACAACCAAUAUACGACCUCCUCACCUUCUAUGGGGGUCCAUGAUGGUGGCACUAGAUUUGAGUCAACACCUGACAAGGUGGGAGGGGAUGAUAGAUCGACGCAUGCAAGUAUGUACCAGGAAACUGCUGAACCCAUGGACUAUGAAUACGAGCCUAUCAUUAGGAACCCAGCGCCUAGUGCUAUUGGAGGGCAUGCAGAUAGAGAUAUUUGGGAGCUUCAAAUUGUGACCCAGACAAGCAAGGACAACAUCCUUGACUAUGGCCCGAGGAACUCAAAUAUAAGGGCGGAAGGCAGCCUUCAUACUCCAGUCACCAUCGGUAUAAUGGAUGCUAUUGGGGUUAUUAGUGGCUUCAAAGAGUGUGACUAUCUUUUUCAGUGGGCUAGAUCUACUAUUUUAUCUCAAUUUAGCGGUACAAACGAGCAAGGGCUCGAUGAGGAAUUAUUUCGAUUGAAGAAUGGCCUACAAUGCCUUAGGGAUACUCUUCCCGCAAUGUAUGAACUCAUUGAUCGAGCAGAGUGGAGGAGCCACAAGCAUUAUGUGGCAGAGCUCCUUCCAAAACUCAGGGAUGGAGUGUAUGAUGCGGAAGACCUUCUUGAUGAGUUCAGAUGGUACAUACUGAAGGUGAAAGUGGAUGGGAAUGGAAGCCAAUCUUCAUUCAUGGACUUCUUCAAUAGUGUCAUUCGUGGGAGCUUUAACAAAGUGGAUGGUAUUCAGAAAAGGCUAGAUAAUAUUUACAUGCACCUCCGUGGUAUGGGGUUGCAUGAUAUCACAAUACGGUUUGACAAAUCAGUCAGGCCAGAGACUAGCUCUUUCCCAAAUGAAACAAAAAUAUUUGGUCGUGACAUGGAGCUAAAGCAUAUAAUUGAAUUGCUUUGUGCACCAAUAAAUAGUAGUGAUGCUCAUCCCAAAUGCCAGAAAGGAAAUACUGCAGUUGAUGUAUCACCAAGUACAUCAGCAAGAAACCAAAUUGGUAGUGAAUCAAGAAUAUCAGAUCUUCCUGUUUUACCCAUAGUUGGAAUUGGGGGUGUCGGAAAGACCACUCUGGCUCAACAUAUAUGUAGUCAUGAACAAGUGGAGUCUCAUUUUGACAUAAUAAUUUGGGUUUGCGUCUCAGAUGACUUUGACGUGAAGAGGUUAACUAAAGAGGUCAUACAGUCUUGUCCUGAAAAAUAUGCAACAACUGAAAAUUUGAAUUUGCUUCAGAAGAACUUUUCUGAGAUUGCAAGAACUAAAAAGUUAUUGAUUGUUCUGGAUGAUAUGUGGGAUGAUGUUUUGAAGGAAAAUGGGCAGUGCUGGAACAGGUUUUGUGCACCUUUAAAGAAUGUACUACCGGGAAGUAUGAUGCUGGUCACUACUAGAAGUCCACAGGUUGCUCACAGAGUGGGCACGAUGGAUCCCAUUACAUUGCAAGGUUUAAAGGAUGAUGUUUUUUGGAAUUUUUUCAAAUUAUGUGCUUUUGAAUCUGGGAGUUCCAGCAAUAAUGAUCCUGAGUUAGAGCACAUUGGUAGAAGGAUAGUUCCUAAGUUAAAGGGUUCUCCUUUAGCCGCUAAAACUCUUGGACGAAUAUUAAGAAUGAACCUUCAAGUAGCACAUUGGAAUGAUGUACUAGAGAGUGAACUGUGGGAGUUGAGCCAGGAAGAGACUGAAAUUUUGCCAGCCCUUCGGUUGAGCUACAUGUAUUUACCUUUCCAUUUGAAGAGGUGCUUCUCAUUCUGUGCCGUGUACCCCAAAGAUGAUAAAUUUCAAAAGGAACGUUUAGCUGAAAUUUGGGUGGCAGAAGGCUUUGUUGAACCUCAAGGUGAUACUCCACUUCGAGAUAUUGGCUGUGAUUACUUCAAUGACCUUUUAAAUCGGUCCUUCUUUCAAGAAGUUCAAUGUGAAUACUUAAUGCAUGACUUGCUGCAUGACAUGGCACAGAAAGUUUCAGAGCAUGACUGCUUCAUAUUGAAAAGAAGGAGUGACUUAAAAAAUAUUCCUCCUAGUGUUCGCCAUUUGUCAAUACUCUCUAGCACAGACAUGGACUAUCCCAGCUUGUUGAGUCUAUGUCGCUUCACAGAGCUCCGUACCCUUCUUUGCAACGGGCCUUUAGCGGAGAACAAAAUUCCAGCUAGUUUAAUGGAGAAAUGGUGGAGUGAACUUCUACGUCUGCGUGUGUUUGUUUGUGCCACUACUAAUGAGUUACCAGCUGCUAUUGGAAACUUGAAGCAUCUUCGGUACCUUCAAAUCUCAAGAGCUUCACCUUUCAAGAGUCUUCCUGACGAGUUAUGUUGGCUCUAUAAUCUGCAGAUUUUAUCUGUUGAUAAUUGCAAGCUAGAAAUCCUGCCUAAUGACUUCAGUAAUCUGAUAUGCUUACAGAGAUUUGAAUCACAUGGAUUUCAGUGUAAUUUAAGGUUUAGAAGUUCCCGGGCAGAAGAACUUUAUGAAGUGAGUGCUGAUGUAGCCAAUGAAGCCAAUGAUGAGCCCGGGCGAGGAUUUAGGUUGAUGAAGAAUAUUAACCAGCUUGGUGACUUGAAGAUAUAUAAUAUUGAUAAGCUAAGCAAGGAGCAUGCAGGAGAAGCCCAACUACAGAAUAAGAUGGGCUAAACAUCUGAGUGGGAUAUAUAGGGUUGAAAAGGAACGGCUCCUUGCCCUCAUUCAGUCCUUAGAUGUAAAAGCAGAAACCACGGUGUUGCCAGCCACCGAGCUUCAUACUAAGCUUGACGCUGAGAAGAGGUUGAAAGAACUGCUUCGGGAAGAAGAGUUAAAGUGGGCUCUGCGGGCCAAGGUACGAAGAGUAGUCGAGGGGGACGCGAACACUCAAUUCUUCCAUAUGAUUGCAAAUGGCAAACAUAGGAAGAAGAGAAUCUUCCAGCUAGAACAAGAUGAGGGUACGAUUAUCGGGCGGGAUAAUUUGAAGCUUUACAUUACCGAGUACUACAAACGAUUGUUCGGACCACCAGAGGAGAACUGUGUGUCUCUGGAUGAGUCUAGAAUCGAAGAUGUACCUCAACUCACUGUGGUGGAGAACGAUAUAUUAACCGACCCUUUUUCGGAAAAGGAGGUUUUCGAGGCCGUUUCCCAGAUGAAAAAUAAUAAGGCACCCGGUCCGGAUGGUUUUCCGGCUGAGUUUUAUAAGAAAUGCUGGCAUAUUAUUAAAGGGGACCUGUUGCCGAUGUUCCAUGAUUUGUUCUCGGGACAUUUGCAGCUUUUCCAGCUUAAUUUUGGAACAAUAACCCUUCUUCCUAAGAAAACAGAGGCCGUGAGAAUCGAGCAAUUUCGGCCUAU